AUGAACACAAGAGCCUCUGGUAGACCUUUGCUUGGUCCUCAGUCUAAUCCCGGAAAAGCCAGAAGACGCUUACUAAGAUCAAAAAACACAGAGUCCUCAAACACCGACAAAAUAGAUUCAGAAACUGAAAACCGUGACCAACCGGACGUAGACUUGGAUCAACACUAUUCAAAGAAGGAUUCAACGUCCGAAGUUCCAUUUAGCACCGAAUUCUCCGAAGGUAGUGGUUUGUUCAAAACUAGUGAUAGUUCAGAAGAAGAGGAUAAUCAGGACAAAACUCAUAAACCAGAUCCAACAGUAAUUCCUCGAGUAAAUCAACCAGUUAGAGCAAGGAGAAUGGAUGAUCAAGAGCAACCGGUCGACUCCAACAACCGUAUUUACGGUGACCGAAGAAGAAAUGUAUCGACUAAUCACCCGAACGCUAGAAAUGAGCAAGUCAAUGCGAUCACAACAAGAGCAUGUAAUACUUAUAAUUUUGCAAAUCCUUUGUCUAAUGAUGUUACUCCUCUUGUGCAGGUUGAAGCCGAUGAAGCUGUUGUUGAUGAGAUGGAGAUGGAGCCGAACCUAGCCGUGAAGAUACCAGCCGUUCCAUCCAAGACUGUUGAGAAGACUACGGUUAAGAAACCACCCGUUAAGCCAUAUCAGUCGAAGAUACCUUUUCGUCAACGAUUGAGGAAAGCGAAGAUCAAGGAGAAUUUUAAAAAGUUAGGUCACAUGAUAUUCCUGGUAGAUUUUGUUGUUCUUGAAAUGGAGGCGGAUGUUAAUGUCCCUUUAAUUAUUGGCCGACCGUUCCUCAUGACCACGGAUGCUAUCAUCCAUGUUAAAGCUAAUGAGAUUUCCAUAGGGGUUGGCGAUGACCGGGUUGUUUUUAAUGUUGACAGAGCUCUUAAGCAUCCUUACUCAUGUGAUGAAUCUUGUUUCAGGAUUAAUGUAGUAGAUGAAGAAGAUGCUUUGGAAAAGGAGCUUAUGGAUAUCUUGGAUAUGGAGGAAGAUGAAGCAUUUCUAGCUUGUAGUGAAGAAGAACAAGAAAUGGUUGGUGAAAUGGUGUAG